GGCUAGUUUCCAUAACAACAACCACAGCCAAAAUGUCGACUGCAGGAGAUGUAGGUACUCGAGAUGGAGAAGCUAGGCAAUAUCUCGAAAACCAUCGAGUACUGGAGUUGUUCAACAAUUUGACAUCCCAGCUCAUGUACAACAGACCAGAUGAACCAAAAAAGUUCAUGAUAGAUGUUUUAGAAAAACUUCAAAAGUCAAAAAUUACAAGAUUGGACUACCCCUGUCUGUUCGAUGAUUCCAACAUCCAGUCUGUUUUUGGCAUGCUAGACCCAACUAAUCGUGGAUGUAUCGCCUUCCAGCAGUACUCAGCAGCUCUGACGACACUUGGGGUAAAAGACUUUGACCAGAGUCCUGAAGGAUCUGCAGAAGAUAGAGUUACUUUUGAAACAUUUCUUAAAGAAGCACGGAAAGGACUUUCAGAAGCAUCAUCCACAUUUGCAGACAGUUAAACAUGGACAAAUUUAAGAUCAUUGUAAAUAUUCACUGUGACGGACCAUUGGAGACAUUUAAUUCAUUCACAUGUACAUGAUAAACCAUAGAUAUUAAAUGUAACAUUAUAUCAAAA